AUGUCGCUUCGACGAAUCCAAAAAGACCCAGGAUCCACGUCCUCGGGCAGAUCGUCACCUGAGCCUCGUCGACGUCUCUCCUUAGACAGCUCUUGGGGUCGAGCUCUCUUCAGCUUUCAUCCACCUUCGGAGCCUCCUCAGCUGCGGACAGACGGCUCUGGAGUCGCACGAGUCAGCUAUGAUGAUGAACUACGCUUGGCUCAUGACAGGGCCACCGCAGAUACCACGGUAGACGAUGACACGCAGCCUUCAUGUCCGGCGCCACCUAGCAACGAUACUCCAGAGGCGUCAGGGCAUCCACUUCCAUCAGGGACUUCUGGUACCACGGACAGUCUUCUCAAUCUGGAGCACUGGAGCGAUCUCUCGCAACAAUUCAGCCAAGAACCCAGUCUUGGUGACAACUUUAGCUGGGCUGGCACCUACCAACUGGUCCUUGCGGCGAUGGAGUACGGCGUCAAGAUUGUCGAUAACAAGCGGGUUCAGUACUCGGAGUUGAUCGGAGCUGGCGCCAACAUGACCGUGUUCAGGGGUAACGUCAAUGGCAAGACCGUGGCCCUCAAGCGGAUCCGCCCGUUCCACAACGAGACCAGACAGAAGCGAGAUCUGAAGGUGGUGCUGGCGAGUCUCGAGAUGGAGAUCAGGGUCAUGUCCGACGUUUUCCUCAAGGGCCACGAGAACAUAGCCAAGCUGCUCGCCUUCACCUGGGAGACAGCCGAAGAUGGCGAGCUGGUCCCCGUCCUCAUCAUGGACCUCGCCGCGCCGGGGUGUUCGACGCUGGAGCAGUUCAUGCAACAGGUUGAUCCUCGGGACUUCGACUCCAAGGCUUGGAUGAUAUCGGAUAUCGUCUCCGGCCUUACGGCAAUCCACGAGGAGAAGAUCGUGCACGGCGACCUGAAGCCCGAGAAUAUCCUCUUGUUCCGCCGGGAAACCGCCGGCGUUCUGGACGAGAAGAUACCCGUCGUCGCCAAGAUCUCCGACUUUGGGUUCUGCGAAGACGUUCACGAGGACCGAGGGCUGGCGUCGGACACCGCCGGUGGGACUGAGUACUGGAACGCGCCCGAGUGCAUGCCCGAGGCCCCCGACGACAUCAGGCAGUUUGCACGGAUGACCCAGCGGGACAUGUACUCGUGCGGGCUCAUCAUCUGGUAUGUCCUGAGCAGCACGCUGCCGCUAGGCCCGACCAGCGGGCCGGAGUGGGAGAAGAACCGGCAGUCAUUCCGGGAGGGAAAGCUGAAUGGGGAGGUGCAGAGGAAGUACAGAACCUGGUUCCUGGACAGCCUGAAGAUGGUCAUUGCGACGCAGGACGACGCCAACAGCUUUAACGCUGAGCUGGAGGACGAGCUACCGGUCCACGAAUUCUCCUAUCGCAUGAUGAUCGAGAAGAUCAAGAGAGAUCCUCUUUUCAAGACCCAGGUCAUCUUCGACGAGCUGCUGUUCAGAGACGAGGGGCGGGCGGCAUGGCGCUUGAAAACCGCCGACGGAGAGAUGGCAUAUUGUUCUGGCUAUCUUCCCGUAAUGGCUCCCGUUGUCGUCAUGAAUAUGCUCAGACCGCCCGACGUAAGGCUCGGGGCUUCGGCAGCGUUACCGAUGGUCCAAAUAUCCCGCAAUCGCAAGCCCGCUAAGAUAUACGCCUUCCAGGAUCGCCUUUUUGUUAAUGGGAAACGCCCAGGCGAGAGACAGGGAUGGCAAGAAUGGGCGUCCCGAUUCCGGGGUACGUUUGCCUCCGCGAGGAUGCUCCAAACCCUGACGCCAGAGAUGCACGCCUCUCUUCUCCGAGAACUACACAAAGACGCAGACGGCCCCUCAGGCUCUGUGGCAGCAACUUUGAUACUGCACCAGAUCUACGGAGUGGGCUAUGGAGUCCCGGUUGACUUGGCGCUCUCCGAGAAGUACGCGACCAAGGGUAUCGAGAUGACGGAGAAUACUAGGCUGGGUGACGCCUACCGAUCCAUCUACAUGACUUUAUACUACAAGAGCGGCUGGUUCCGUGACAUGCCCCUUGAUGCAGAGAAAGAACUCAAGUGGUCUCUCAAGAUGUUCAGCAGCCAUAUGGACAGUGAGACGGAAUCUCGCACAACGCUGUCGCGGGAUUCGUUUGAGGACCGCCUCGCCUUAGCCCUGGACACGUUCGAGGACUGGAACUCGGUCACUCGAUUCCUCAGGAUCUCGUCGUCUGCCUACAUUGACCACCAGCGCAUCAAGGAGAGCAAUCGCACCGAUCCAAUCUUACGCCAGCCAGAGGUCGGCCACGCCGUUCCGGACCUUCGAGGAAACUGGGUGAACACAUUGCUCAGUGACGAACCCGCUGCCUUUGAGGCGCUACAGGUAUCCGGCGCGCUGCCAGAGGAACUCCGCCUGGACAACGAGGACAUGGACUCGAUUUUAUUCAUGAUGAUAGGCAUGUACAACGGUCCCGGGGGGAGGGAGCAAAUGCACGCCAACAUGAUAUCAGGCAUGGCGAAGCGGGAAAAGGCCCUGAACAAUCUUCUGCGCAUCUGCGCCGAGCACGGCCUCACGCGGCUGAUGAAGCAUCUCACGACCAAGCACAAUUUGGACAUCAACCGGAAGCUCGACAGCGGCCGCAACCCCAUCCAGGAGGUCCUUGAGCAGGGGCGCACUCACCGCGCCAUCUCCCUUCUAGCCAGCGGCGCCGACCUAGCAGCUAUCGCCGAGAAAGACUUCAUUCGCCACAUCUGCGGAGACGGCCACUAUAAGGCGAUUGAUUUUUGGUCGCAGCUGAAGCGGAUUAGUGACCAGCUUUUAUGGCUAGAUUCGAGCAAUUGGCUGCUCAUCGAGCACUACCAAAAAAUCUUCAAGUUGUUCGGGGACAAUGAGAAUCUGAACCUGGACCUCCAGGCUUACCAGACGUACGGGGCGCACCCUAGGGGCGCGAGCCCCAUCUACUUCUCCAUCGUCGAGAACUGCUGGCUUACCUUCCUCGCCCUGCUGCGGUACGGAGUUGACCCGGCACGGCCCUGUAUGGGCUCGCUCGACGCGCUGCAGAGUUCGGUGUUGCUGAUCCGGCCCGUGUUUGUGGCAACACUCUGCGGGCCAGAGUAUGAGCACAGGUUCCACACUGGCGAGGGAGCGCCGUCGCUUCUGCACCUCGCUGCUCUCGGGAAGGGGUACUUUUCCGACGACAAGAUGUGGGUGUACCUAGACGAAAACGAGAUCAGGGACGAUCCAGAGGAGGCGAAAAUGGACCAGCCCAACCACCAACGGCUUAUCCUUGAGCUUCUUUGGAGGAACUUGCGGCUCGACCUUGAGAGCCGGGACGAGUUUGGCUUGACGCCUUUCUUGCUCGCUGUCUUACAGAACAAUGCGGUUGCGGCGGAGUGGUUCGAAAAGAAGGGCUCCAACGUCAACGCAUCGGCCGCGGAUGGGUGUAGCGCGCUACAUCUUGCCAUCGCCUCAGGGAGUGACGAGUUGGUGGAGUACGUCUUGGGUGUUGCCGGGCAUUUGCUCGAAGAGAAAGACGCUACGGGCCAGACUCCCCUACACUUUGCUUCUUGCCAGUCCGGAACCAAGAUUCUAUCCCGAAUACUCAAUAGUCGGCCCAACCUCGAGGCGACAGACGUUUUAGGGCGGACGGCAUUUUUUACCAGCAUCAGCCACGGCCAAGUAUCCAAUUUUGAUAUCCUAGUCAGGGUUGGGCACGGUUUGCUUGGUCGUGACAAACUUGCUGCGCUUCUCAAUGCCAAAGACGAGUCUAGAUGUUCCUGCUUCCACCUUCUCGCUACCCUGAAGCCCGAUUCACUUCAAUCAAUCGCAGGAGAUCUGCCCUUCGACCUUUUCAGUCUGCUUGAUGGAGACUCAGAGCUCUCCGGUGCGGACUGGACCGCUGGACGCCGCCAUCGCCGGGUGCGGCCCGGGAGAGAGGAGCCGCUGGAGGCGGUUGUGUCAUCAUUCCAGAAAGAGGCGGAACUGCGCGAGGACCUAUUAGCAAGGAAGUCUUGUCUUGUUCGGUCGAGGUCCCGGCCGGUUACUGCAAGGGUUUACCUCCCCGAGUUCAACAUGACUGGGCCUGAUGAGAGCCCCGGGACUUGA